UGUGUGCUCAUUGUCAUCCUUUAAUCUCACCAUUCAUGUCCAGAGAGAGAGAGAGUGUGCUCAUUGUCAUGGAGGCAUGGUGCUAGCUCCCCACUAUAUAAUAGAGACCCCCCAUGGGCUUCAUCCUCCACACACACCGCACCAAAACACAAGAGCAGCUCAGAACCUCCUUUUCAUCUUGUAGAAGAGGAAGAGAAGAGAAUAGAGAAGUUAGCUUGGGUAGGGUUCUUGGGGAAGAGUGUCUCCCACCGUUCGAUACUUCUUGUAGCCUUUGGAUCCAUCAGAUGCAUCGCCAGGCCAUGGGCGACGCGCUGUUGGAUCUGCUCGGGGAGGAGAUGGCAGCGGCGGCGGCCGGCGAGCACGGCCUGCCCCCGGGGUUCCGGUUCCACCCCACCGACGAGGAGCUGGUGACCUUCUACCUCGCCGCCAAGGUCCUGAACGGCGCCUGCUGCGGCGUGGACAUCGCCGAGGUGGACCUGAACCGGUGCGAGCCGUGGGAGCUCCCCGACGCGGCGCGGAUGGGCGAGCGCGAGUGGUACUUCUUGAGCCUCCGCGACCGCAAGUACCCGACGGGGAUGCGCACCAACCGCGCCACCGCCGCCGGCUACUGGAAGGCCACCGGCAAGGACCGCGAGGUGCUCAGCGCCGCCACCGGCGCCCUGCUCGGCAUGAAGAAGACGCUCGUCUUCUACAAGGGCCGCGCCCCGCGCGGCGAGAAGACCAAGUGGGUCCUCCACGAGUACCGCCUCGACGGCGACUUCGCCGCCGCCCGCCGCUCCUGCAAGGAGGAAUGGGUGAUCUGCAGGAUACUCCACAAGGCAGGCGACCAGUACAGCAAGCUGAUGAUGGUGAAGAGCCCCUACUACCUCCCCAUGGGAGUGGACCCAUCCAGCCUCUGCUUCCAGCAGGACCCCGCCGCCGCCCCUCCUCUCCCAAACCCUAGCGGCUGCUCGACCGCCGGCCUCCCCUUCCACCACGGCCACCACCCCGGCAUGCACCCUCCACUGCUGCCGGCCAACCAGCUCAAGCUCAGCAACGGCUGCGGCUUCCCUGCGUCGGCCUGCACGCAGGAGCCGCCGCCGAGCGGCUGCGGCGGCAGCAGCAACGCCGCCAUGGGCAUGCCGCCGCCAUACCCUCCUCCCUUCACCUCCAUCGUCGCUGGCAAGCCGGCCGCGCCGCCGCCCCAUGCGGCCGGGGUCGUCAGCGCCGGCGCGCCGGAGCCACCGGCGCCGCCACCAACCAGCUGGCUGGAGGCUUACGUGCAGCACGGCGGGUUCCUUUAUGAGAUGGGCCCGGGUGCAGCGCCCAGGGGCGCAUGAUCCGGACCGUUGGUCCCUUACGGUUGUCGCGCUGGUCGAUCGGUUUAUUUUAUUACCUUAUGAUCUUAUCUUGCGGUUGCUAGUACUAGUAGUAGCCGAUCUUCUUGUGAUCUUUCUUUCAGCUCAGUAAUUUGCAAGUGCGAGGUUCAGACAAGAGCACUUGUAGCUUAGAUCUGUCGUCAGUCAUUUUCCUGCUGUUAGCUCCUUUGUUGUCAACAAAUCAUUUGUACCUAGCUAGCUAGUUCUCAGUAAUUUGCAUGCAUGCAUUUGGAUCAUCAGAUCAACAAAGAGCAGCAGUAGUGGUAGCACUUGUACUGUUGAUCCAUCCACAUGCAGUGUGCUUGGUAAUUUUAUGCAUCACUUUGUUUCA